AAUUAGAAUUUUUGACAUUAUUCAAGUUGCAUAAGCAUGAUGCAAUAAAGUCUAAUAUUAAAUAAUUUAAAUUGUGGGAUAAUUAUGGCAUAAAAGAGUUAAAAAUUAAAAAAGAAAAAAAAAGGUCAUCUUCUUUACCAAGCCUAGCCGUCCCUCACUCCCUCUCUCAUCUCUCUCUAAAACUCCAUGGAAACUUGAUUUUAAGCUUCACAAACCUAAAAAUUCCCCAUAAAUUUCUCCUUUAUUAUUGAUUAAACCUUACUUUGGCAACUAGAAAAGAAGAUUGAAGAAAGAAUUGGGGAAGAAAGAUAGAGGAUUGAAGAGCUAAACUUCCAAGAAAAAGGUAGAGAGAUUGGUAAAGCAGCUGAGUAAGCUGCUAAGGACCACAGUUCUACAUUUUGGAUUUUAUCGGGAUGAAUAAUACCCUCGAAUUGAAAUGGAAGAAAGGGACCGCUCAGUUGAGCAAUCUGUAGAGGCUGAGGCAUAAAGGGAAGCCCCAGCCCUUCAAAAUGUAAGUGGAUCAGUGGCACAAGCCCCACCAAUCACUGAAAGCAUGCCUACCCAAGCCCCACUUCAGGCACCUAUAGUGCAACCUCAGACUCUAGCCAGGCAGUACGACAAGCUAAUUAAGUAUGGGACUACAGAGUUUAAAGGUACAGUGGACCCUUUAGAGGCAGAGCAAUGGUUGGAGGGAAUGGAUAGAGUGUUUAAGAAACUGCACUGUACAGAGGAAUUGAAAUUCAAGUAUUCAGUGUCACUACUGCAGGAGGAUGCGUAUGCUUGGUGGAAAACCAUCCCCUAUAGUUUGGUGGAACCACCAGUGCUGUCAUGGGACAACUUCCUUAGAGAGUUCAGACAAAAAUAUGUCCCAGAUGCUUAUGUGGACCAGAAGCUACAGGAGUUCUUAAGCCUAAAACAAGAUAGCAAAACAGUGGCAGAAUAUGAAAGGGAGUUCUCCCGCCUGAGCCACUAUGCAGGGAGUCUCCUUUCUACCAGUAGAGAAAAAUGUAAGAGGUUUGAGACAGGUUUGAAGCCUAGUCUGAGGAUGCAAGUGGUCGGAUUCAGACAUAAUAACUUCUCUGAGCUUAUCUCUCAAGCACUUGAGUUAGAAAGAAUUGAGUCAGAAGUGACACCUGUGAAAGAGAAAAUAGAGAAGAUAGAGAAAUUAGAAAAAGAGAAAAGUAGAAAGGCAGUUGAUCAAAGUUCCAGUGGUGCUACUGGUAAGAAAAAGAAUUUUGGGGGAACAAGUAGAGAUAGAGGCAGAGGUCAGGGUAGCACUUCAGGCAGUCAAGGUACAGUAAACCAGAAAGAACAAGGUAGUGCUUCGGUUAGAGUCUACAUUAUGAGACACGGGAAAAAGUUGAAACUUCUGACAUUGUGGCCGGUACAUUCUCUAUCUCUAAUCAAGAUGUAUUUGUAUUGUUUGAUCCAAGUUCUACCCACUCCUAUGUUAGUGCUAGCAUUGUUAGUUUCCUUACUGUUCCGUGUGUCAAAAUGGGUUUUGAGGUGCUAGUAACUAGUCCGUUGGGACAAGAGGUCAGGGUCAACAAAAUGUAUAAAAAUUGUCCUUUGGUGAUCUAAGUACAUGUAUUUCUAUCAGAUUUGAUUGAAAUGCCCUUUAGAGAUUAUGAUAUCAUCUUGAGUAUGGAUUGGUUAGCCAGGCAUCAUGCAAUGAUUGACUAUAGACUGAAGACAGUCACUUUUGGUCUCCCUCAGUACGAUGAUGUAGUAGUACAUGGGGAGAGGUAGUUAUUGCCCUCAAACAUCAUUUCGGCUGCACUAGUCAGAAAAAUGAUCAGAAAGGGGUGUGAAGCAUACUUGGCACAUGUGAUAGACACCCAAGUGGGGAGUCCAGCAUUGAGGGACAUCCCUACAGUAUGUAAUUUUCUAAAUGUGUUCUCUGAUGAGUUUCCAGGAUUACCUCUGGAAAGAGAUGUGUAGUUUGAGAUUGAUGUAAUGCCUGAUGUGGACCCAAUCUCCAUAAUACCAUACAGAAUGGCACUAGCAGAAUUAAAAGAGUUGAAGGUGCAGUUGCAAGAGUUGCUUGAUAAGAGCUUUAUUCGCCCUAGUGUGUCACCUUGGGGAGCGCCAGUGUUGUUUGUUAAGAAGAAAUAUGGCACUCUCCACUUGUGUAUUGAUUAUCGGCAGUUG